UCUUUCUUUCUACUCCUCAGCUUGGAUCAUGUAGAUAAGAUAGUGACUAGUUGUACUUGAUGUAGGAGGCAAUAGUACUUAGUAGGCUGCUAGUCCAUAAAUAUAGUAUACAGGGCAACACAAUUACUCAUUUACUGUAAUGGUAAUGAAACGCUCUUGUCUUGCCUCUUGCAGCUUGGUCGCUAGACGCAAGCUGAGCCUCGAACACGAUCAUGAAUUGACAGUAUCCAUCCGCUAGAAACUGGUCUAAACCAGUCGGCGGCGACCCGUGACUCCAGUGUCCCGUGUCUCAGCUCUUUUGAUUUCGCAACAGGACUCGUACGAGCUCGUAGUCUUCCAGGUGGUCGACCGCCCUGGCCCAGCGUCCAUCGCUCCAACGGACUGUCUCGCUGCGAACCACCGCUUGCCCGCCGUUCCUUAGUCAAUACAGGGGGUGCAGCUCGCUACACAAUGGACCAAUUAUUAGACGAACUGGGUGGUGGCGACUUCAAGUUUGGCAGUGGUGUUGCGAUGCCUGUGGAUGGUCAGUUAGACCUGAGUGCGCUGGGAGCGGACCCGACUGGGGGCAUGGGAGCAUACGGGGAUCUGCUUUCAUUGCCAAUGUUCAAGAUGGAAAGUCUGGGAUUCGGUGAAGUAGAUAACGGACCACGGUACUUGCUGCUUGCGCAGACGUCCCCGCUGACCAAGAUGUCGGACGUCUCUGUCACUUAUCUCAACAAAGGUCAAGUGUACGAGUUAACGCUGGAAGCCUUGGGAAACUGUCAAAGCUACAGAAGUGGAUUGAUUCGGACAACGAUACGUGUCAGCUUCUUCAUCAUGUCAGAGAUCAUCAUGCGUAAUCAGGAGCAAGACCAGUGGGAGGCCUGGUGCUCAGAGCACCCCGGCGAGCGCAUCAUCGAGAUCGAGUCUGGCUUCAUGGUUGAGAAUGUGUCACAUGAUCUGCUACAGCCAAACUGUGCGACGUUUGAUUGGCAUGCAUCUAAAGGAGCCAGUGUUAUGUUCAAGCUGAACUGCCUCAGCUCAGAGUUUUCAGCCAAGAGACAUGGUGGUGAGAAAGGUGCUCUUCUACGGCUGGAAAUCGAUGCGUACUACCAACACACGGUCAACGACUGCUUCGAUCUGUUUCACUGUGCCAACUGCCACAUCAAAGUGUUCAAGGAAAAGGGAGCGGACCGCAAGAACAAGGUGGAGAUGCAGAAGUUCACGGGUCUCUCGGAAGAGGACAAGGCUGGACUGCGAGCACCGUUCUCAAUGAGCGUCUUCCAGGAUUUCUGUGUUGAUGCCACCUCUGCGCAAAAGCAGCUACCACCUGGAGUAACCACUCUGGACACAACUACCUUCAUAGCCGGUCCGUACAGCGUGGGUAGCAUGACAAGUCCGCCCUCAUCGGUCUCUACUACCGGCAGUGCUGCAGCAGCCACUACACCGGGCAGUGUUGGCGGUGCUGCUGGCGGUGGUGACCUGGCAGUGGCUACUCCAGCCAUGGUCACUCCAGGUGCUGUGUCAAAUUCCGUGGACUCGGGCACAGAGUCCAUUGCGGAUGUGCUUAGCUGUGUUCUCGCGCAGGCCCAGCCAUCUCCACUGGCAACUUCGUUAAGCUUUGAGCCAGAGCCGCUGCGUGUGGACUCUACGGUGGAGCAGACCCAGGAGUGGUUGAAGGGCAAUGGGUUUGGCAUGCAUCUACAAACGUUAGCCAAUUUU